GGGGAGUCGUUCCUUCCUUCGUCCAUUUCCAAAACCCUCGGACCGGCUAGCACGUGCCCAGCUUAGAGCCAGGCCCCGGGACAGAGCGAUGGGCGAGCUGAGCCCUGCACAGCUCAGCCUAGGAGGGGUUCAGACGUGCGCCGGGCAGUCUCAGGACAGAGUGGGGGACCUUUGGCUUCGGGGUUUGGGGGCAGAGCCCCAGCCCCGGCUGUUGAGGUGGGUGGCUGUGCCUGACCUCAGACCUCUCUCUCCAGCCUCUGCAGCUGAAGGCACCCGGUGCCCCGACCCGCCCACAGGCAAGCCCGCGAUGGCGGCCAAGCGCAAAGGCGGCCUGAAGCUCAACGCCAUCUGCGCCAAGCUGAGCCGCCAGGUGGUGGUGGAGAAGGGGGCAGAGGCCGGCGCCCACACGGAGGGCAGCCCACUGAGGCCCCCGGACAAAGAGCGCAGCGGCCCUGAGCCAGGGGUGGCCCGGGCCCCCCGCAGCGAAGAAGACAAGAGGCGGGCCGUGAUCGAAAAGUGGGUCAACGGGGAGUACAGCGAGGAGCCGGCGCCCGCUCCCUUGCUGGGGCGGACCGCCCGCGAGGGCCUGGAGCUGCCCCCCGAGGGCGUGUACAUGGUGCAGCCCCGGGGCUGCAGCGACGAGGAGGACCACGGCGAGGAGCCCAAGGAUGGCGCGGCCCAGAAGGACGCGGACAGGGCAGCCUCCAAGGACAGCGGUGGCCCCAGUGCCAAGCAGCCCUCAGGAGAGGCCUCCUCGCUGCGGGACUACGCGGCCUCCACCAUGACCGAGUUCCUGGGCAUGUUCGGCUACGACGACCAGAACACGAGGGACGAGCUGGCCAGGAAGAUCAGCUUCGAGAAGCUGCACGCAGGCUCCGCCCCCGAGGUGGCCACCUCCUCCGCGCUGCCCGCUGGCGAGGACGCCCUCAGCAAGAGGGCGCGUUUCUCCAAGUACGAGGAGUACAUCCGGAAGCUCAAGGCGGGCGAGCACCUCUCCUGGCCGGCCCACGGCACCAAGCGAGGAAUCCUGCCGCUGCCCUCACACAGCAGCGUCCCCAUGCAGGGCCUGGUGGCCCGGGCCUCCAAGUACGACUUCUUCAUCCAGAAACUGAAGACGGGCGAGAACCUGCGGCCCCAGAACGGGAGCACGUACAAGAAGCCGUCCAAGUACGACCUGGAGAACGUCAAGUACCUGCACCUCUUCAAACCCGGGGAGGGCAGCCCCGACAUGGGCGGCGCCAUCGCCUUCAAGACGGGCAAGGUGGGGCGCCCCUCCAAGUAUGACGUCCGGGCCAUCCAGAAGCCGGGCCCUGCCAAGGUGCCCCCCGCUCCCAGCCUGGCUCCUGCUCCCCUCGCCAGCGUGCCCAGUGCUCCCAGCGCCGCUGGGCCGGGCCCCGAGCCAGCUGCCUCCCUGCCCUUCAACACUCCCGAGUACCUGAAGUCCACCUUCUCCAAAACAGACUCCAUCACCACGGGGACCGUCUCCACCGUCAAGAACGGAUUGCCCACAGAUAAGCCAGCUGUCACCGAAGAUGUAAACAUUUACCAGAAAUAUAUUGCCAGGUUCUCGGGCAGCCAGCACUGCGGCCACAUCCACUGCGCCUACCAGUACCGCGAGCACUACCACUGCCUGGACCCCGAGUGCAAUUACCAGCCGCGCUGGCCUUGCCCGGGGCGCCUGGCCCGGGGUCCCCUGACAGCCAUCCGACCCCUGCAGGUCGGCUGUAACAAGGUGUACACGAGCACGUCGGACGUGAUGACGCACGAGAACUUCCACAAGAAGAACACGCAGCUCAUCAACGACGGCUUCCAGCGCUUCCGGGCCACCGAGGACUGCGGCACAGCCGACUGCCAGUUCUACGGGCAGAAGACCACACACUUCCACUGCAGGCGCCCCGGCUGCACGUUCACCUUCAAGAACAAGUGUGACAUCGAGAAGCACAAGAGCUACCACAUCAAGGACGACGCCUACGCCAAGGACGGCUUCAAGAAGUUCUACAAGUACGAGGAGUGCAAGUACGAGGGCUGCGUGUACAGCAAGGCCACCAACCACUUCCACUGCAUCCGCGCCGGCUGCGGCUUCACCUUCACCUCCACCAGCCAGAUGACCUCGCACAAGCGCAAGCACGAGCGCCGGCACAUCCGCUCGUCCACUCUGGGCGCCUCGGGAGCUGGUGACUCGGCCCCUGCCGCCACCGCCGCCGCCUCCGCCUCUGUCUCGGUGCCCCCUGCCUCCAUCAUGGAGAGGAUUUCUGCGAGCAAGGGCCUCAUCUCGCCCAUGAUGGCCAGGCUGGCCGCGGCCGCCCUCAAGCCCUCUGCCACCUUUGAUCCAGGAAACGGGCAGCAGGCCUCCCCCGCCAGGUUCCCCCCGGCCCCGGUGACGCAGGAGCCUGGUGAGAACGCUGGUGCCCCAGGUUCCCACGAGGCCUCCCAGGACCGCAGUGUAGACCUGACUGUGAAGGAGCCCAGUAAUGAAUCAAAUGGCCACGCAGUCCCGGGAAAUUCAUCUCUUUUAUCCUCGCUUAUGAAUAAGAUGUCUCAGGGCAACCCCAACCUCGGCAGCCUGUUGAACAUCAAGACGGAAGCAGAGGGGAGUCCUAACGUGGAGGCCUUGCCCUUCCUGGGCAAGGCCGCGAAGGCGCUGGUUCAGGAGAAGCUGCCAGAGCCCUGGAAGUUGUACCUUCGCAGGUUCGGUACCAAGGACUUCUGCGACGCCCAGUGUGACUUCCUUCACAAGGCCCACUUCCACUGCGUGGUGGAGGAGUGCGGCGCGCUUUUCAGCACCCUGGACGGGGCCAUCAAGCAUGCCAAUUUCCACUUCCGGACGGAGGGAGGAGCCGCGAAAGGCAAUGCGGAGACCUCCUUCCCGGCCUCGGCUGCUGAGACCAAACCUUCCUUGGCCCCCUCUUCCCCGCCGGCGCCGCCCGUCACCACCGCCACGGUGUCCUCUCUGGAGGGACCCACUCCCAGCCUGGCCGCGGUGCCCUCCGCCCCCACCCUGCUCGCCUGGAAGCAGCUGGCUUCCACCAUACCCCAGAUGCCUCAGAUUCCAACGUCAGUGCCUCACCUGCCCACUUCGCCCUUGGCAACGACUUCUCUAGAAAACGCCAAGCCCCAGGUCAAACCCGGAUUCCUCCAGUUCCAGGAGAACGAUCCUUGCCUGGCGACGGACUGCAAGUAUGCCAACAAGUUCCACUUCCACUGUCUCUUUGGGAACUGCAAGUACGUCUGCAAGACCUCGGGCAAGGCCGAGUCCCACUGCCUGGACCACAUCAACCCCAACAACAACCUGGUGAACGUGCGAGACCAGUUCGCUUACUACUCCCUGCAGUGUCUCUGUCCCAACCAGCACUGCGAGUUCCGGAUGCGCGGCCACUACCACUGCCUCCGGACCGGCUGCUACUUUGUGACCAACAUCACCACCAAGCUGCCGUGGCACAUAAAGAAGCAUGAGAAAGCUGAGCGGCGGGCAGCCAACGGGUUCAAGUACUUCACCAAGCGCGAGGAGUGCGGCCGGCUAGGCUGCAAGUACAACCAGGUGAACAGCCACUUCCACUGCAUCCGCGAGGGCUGCCAGUUCUCCUUCCUCCUCAAGCACCAGAUGACCUCCCACGCCCGCAAGCACAUGCGGAGGAUGCUGGGGAAGAACUUCGACCGCGUGCCCGCCUCCCAGGUAAGGGUCCAGCCCGCAGGCCGCCCCCCGCCCACCCAGGGUGCCACUCUCGGAGCCACCCGGGGCCUGGCCCACCCCAUCAGCAGCCAGCCCAGCUUCCCGCCCGUCACUGCCACUCCAACUCCAGUAAAAAGUGACGUCCCCCUAGUUCAGGAUGCUGCAGGGGGCCAAAAGCGCUUCUGGAUCAUCGAGGACAUGUCCCCGUUCGGGAAGCGGCGCAAGACGGCCUCCUCCCGCAAGAUGCUGGACGAGGGCAUGAUGCUGGAGGGCUUCCGGCGCUUCGACCUCUACGAGGACUGCAAGGACGCGGCCUGCCAGUUCUCGCUCAAGGUCACGCACUACCACUGCACGCGCGAGAACUGCGGCUACAAGUUCUGCGGGCGCACGCACAUGUACAAGCACGCGCAGCACCACGACCGCGUGGACAACCUCGUGCUGGACGACUUCAAGCGCUUCAAGGCCUCGCUCAGCUGCCACUUCACCGACUGCCCCUUCUCGGGCACCAGCACGCACUUCCACUGCCUGCGCUGCCGCUUCCGCUGCACCGACAGCACCAAGGUCACGGCGCACCGCAAGCACCACGGCAAGCAGGACGUGAUCAGCGCGGCCGGCUUCUGCCAGUUCAGCUCCAGCGCGGACUGCGCCGUGCCCGACUGCAAGUACAAGCUCAAGUGCUCGCACUUCCACUGCACCUACCCCGGCUGCCGCCACACGGUCGUGGGCAUGUCGCAGAUGGACUCGCACAAGCGUCUGGGCAGCUGA